AUGACUAUCGACAGCAAGCCCGCCCUCCGCCCCGACUUUAUGUGGGGCUUCGCCACUGCUGCGGCCCAGAUGGAGUCUGGCAGCAAGGAGCAGGACGCCGCCGCCGGCAAGGGCGACAGCAUCUGGGACUACUUCUGCGAGAAGCCUGGCGCCAUUGCCGACGGCACCAAGGUCUCGCGCACGACGGACUUCUACACCCACUGGAAGGAGGACCUUGCCCUCAUGAAGUCGCUCGGUGUCAACUCUUACCGCUUCUCAAUCUCGUGGCCGCGCGUGAUCCCCAACGGCGGCGCCGAGGACCCCGUGAACGAGGCCGGCCUCGAGUUCUACGACCAGGUCAUCGACGAGUGCCUCCGUAUCGGCAUGACGCCCUUCGUGACGCUGUAUCACUGGGACCUCCCCCUGGCGCUGUACAAGAAGUACGGCGGGUGGCUGUCUCGCCGCAUCAUCCCCGAUUUUGAGCGCUACGCGCGUCUCUGCUUUGAGCGCUGGGGCGGCAAGGUGAAGCACUGGCUUACGCUGAAUGAGCCGUGGGUCGUCGCCGGCCUGGGGCACUACACUGGCUCGUUUGCGCCGGGCCACCGGUCCAGCAGUGAGCCCUGGAUUGUGGGCCACCACCUCAUCCUCGCGCACGCGCAUGCUGUCAAGAUCUACCGCGACGAGUUCAAGCCGGCCCAGCACGGCGAGAUUGGCAUCACGCUGAACGGCGACUGGGUCGAGCCCUGGGACGAGUCGCCCGAGAACGUCCAGGCGGCGCAGGACAAGAUGGACGCGGCGAUCGGCUGGUUCGCGGACCCGAUCUACCUCGGCCACAACUAUCCCGCCAGCAUGCGCAAGAUGCUCUCCGACCGCCUGCCGACGUUUACGCCCGAGGAGCUCGCGCUCGUGCACGGCUCGAGCGACUUUUACGGGUGCAACUUCUACACGACGAACACGAUCAAGGCGGGCUGCGUGGUCGAGGACGAGAUCAACGGCAACACGACGCUGUGCUUUGACCGUCCCGACGGGUCCGUCAUUGGCCCCGAGUCCGACCUCGGCUGGCUCCGCGACGUCCCCUGGGGAUUCAGGAAGCACCUCAACUACCUGUACAGCAAGUACCAGAAGCCGAUCUACAUCACCGAGAACGGAUACGCCGUCAAGGGCGAGAGCCAGAUGAGCGCCGAGGACGCAGUCAAGGACGCAGACCGCGUCACGUACUACCGCGGAUAUCUCGAUGCGGUGCGGGGCGCGGUCGAGGACGGCGCCGACAUUCGCUCCUACUUUGCCUGGUCGUUCCAUGACAACUUUGAGUGGGCUUCCGGACUGGGACCGCGCUUCGGAUGCGUCCGCGUCGACUAUGACACGUUCGAGCGCACGCCCAAGGACUCGGCGUACGCUGUCAGCGAGUGGUUCAAGAAGAACAUUCCCGCCGAAUCGUCCUAG